AUGGAAGCAUGUGAACGUGUAUGUGGUAACGGUCGAUUUUCGAAUGUCUACGUGGCAGAUUUGAUUCUACCGGAACAACGUAAAAUUGCCAUUAAAAAUUCGUGGGAACCGAAAAAUAUUGCUAUCGCCAAGGAUCAAGUUUACCCUGAAGUUGAAGUGCUUUCGAAGAUUCCACCGCAUCGAAAUAUUGUCACACUUUUAUACUAUUUCACCAGAAAAAUAGACAAUGAGACUAUUCAUUGCCUUGUACUGGACUAUCUUCCUGAUGAUGUGCAAAGAUUAAGAGAGAAGGGCAUAAAAUUUGACACAUUAGAUGCUCAGUUAUACUCAUAUCAGCUGUUUUCGGCAGUCGCAUUUCUUAGCGUCUGUAAAGUUAUUCAUCUCGAUAUUAAACCGUCUAAUCUAGUGGUGAAUCAUGAGGACGGAAUUUUGAAAUUGGCCGAUUUUGGUAACGCUGUACUUUUUGGCUCGACAACAGCAAAUUCAUACCAGGUGUGUGAAGAAGAUGAUAUCAGAAACGUGUGGUCAGCUGCAUGUGUUACUUACGAUUUCAUCUGUACAAGAACUUUAUUUAAAGGAAAAGAUUCAGAAAAUCAGAUGAGAAUUAUUGUGGACGUAUUAGGUUAUCCUACUUCGGAGGACAUUAAAGCGAUGUCAUGCCGUCGUCCCCGAGUUCAUAGAUCCACAGCUCGUGGUCUCGAGAAAUAUAUUGGCCUUGGAUUUAGUAAAAAAGCGCUUUCUUUACUUCAAGCUGUCCUCGUCUAUGAUCCGAAAAAACGUAAACCAGCAGCUGAACUACUUCAACAUGACUAUUUUGAAGAAUUACGAAAGGUAGUUCUAUUGUGUUGUGAUGAUAGAUAA